AUGGAUAUUAUCAGCUAAAAUUUCAUGGCAACUUAAGAGGCUAAACAAAAAUUGGCUUUGCAUAUUCAAAAUAGGAAGAGAGUCAAAUAAAUGUAUCAAAUGAAAGGUGUCCAAAUGCUUGAUAAACCUGAACUAAUGUUUUCUGACAUCAAAGAACCAAAGUUGAACCCUUAAUAAGCUUCAAUGUAUUAAGCUAUGAAAAUUGAAUUAACUGAAAAAGGCUACUCUGAUUUUAGGUUUUUAGGGUCGGGAGCACAAGGAUUAGUCUUGUUAGCAAAAGAUUUGAAAAAUUAAAUGAGAUAUGCCAUCAAAGGUGUUUAAGUGAGAGAUCUUUAGGGAAAUCUUUAUGAUGAAUUUUAUAAUUAAGUGGUAUAAGAAAUAGAUAUACUCAAACAAUGUACAGGCUGUCCUUAUGUAGUCAGUUUUUUAGACUCAUUUGAAGGAAAAUAGUUCAUAUACUUAGUUCUAAAUGAGUGUUAGGGAACUCUCAAAGAAAUCAUAGAAAAGAACUAAAACAAAAGACUGAACGAAAUAUCAGCAAUUAAAUACGCUAAAGAUAUUACUGAAGGCCUUUACUACAUUCACUCUAAGAACUGUCUUGUUAAUGAUCUGAAAAUGGACAAUAUCUUAAUUGACUAUAAUGGAAAUGCAGUUGUUUGUGAUUUUGGAUUAGGAGAUAAACUGACAGUUAAAUCUGGUUAUUCACACAAUUAAUAUAUGGGAAACUUUUUUUAUCAAGCUCCAGAAUGCUAUGACCCAACUGACAAAAUAGGUAAGGUUUAUUAUGAUGAAUAUUAAAAUUUAGGGGUUUAAGUCAAACAAGAACCAAGUAACAGAAGCGAAGCAUGUUCUUUAGGUUAUAUGAUUUAUUCUCUUUUUUAGGAAAUAGAUUUCAACUUAGUACUUAAUAAGCAUAAGCCAUUGAAUUAUGAUGGUGAGUUUUAAAAUUUUGUUUACUACAAAAAUCUUAAACAACUUAUUGAUGGAUUAACUUAAUUUGUACCAAGGAAUAGAUUGCCCAUUAAAGAAGCUUUAAUUGUUUUAAAAGGAAUUUUUUGUUUAGAAUUUUAGUUAGAUGACAUGCUUAUUGAGAUGAUAGAUGGAGAUACUCAAAAGCUCGCUAGUUCACUCAAAAAUGAAAUUGAGUUCGUUUAGGAUUUUUCAAAUAAGUUUUAUCCUAUCAUUAAAAACUAGCAGAGCUUAAUCGAAGAGUUGAAAGAAGAUACUCAAAAAAUAGUUUAUGUUAUUAUCAAAUUUUACUCAAUCUAUUCUCAAUUUAAUCAAAUUAAUUCACAAAAAAGGAGGCUAAAAUAGCAGAAUUAGAGUAAGCAAAUUUCAUGCUUAAAGAGACUAUUAGCCAGUUAGAAGAAAAAACUAAAGCUUUAAUAGACAAAUUGCAAAAGUAGGAGGAAAUACUAAAAAAUUAACUUGAGUAUUCACUUUUAAUUAUUUAAACACAACAAAGUUCUUUAAUUUUAAUACUUAAUAGCAUGUAAAUUAUUUUUAAGCUUUCUUUAUUAAGAAAAAACAAGUUUCAACUUAAAUUAACAUAAUAACCAAUAAUUUCUUUUUAUUAGCUUCUCCUAAAUAUGA